AUGAUUAAGAUCACGGUACCUAGAUUCGAUAACACCGAGCUGAUAAAGGGAUACAAUCGUACUCUUAUUGGCCGGUGCAUGAAUCUGACUAGGGAAAGAAGACAUGAGACGCAGUAUUUUGAGGACAAACAAGAUGGGGGUGCAAAGAGCUAUAAGGGAGCCCUUGGAGGUUCUGGAGAAAGUACAAAGGAUAAACUAGAUCAGCAAAGAUCGCAAGGAGAUUCCUCCAAAAGGAAAGGCAAGAUGGUGGAGAGUCGGGAAGAGGAUAGAGCCACUUGA